GGGCUCAACACCAGAUCUAGCGCAAAUUCGUCCACUACUCCUGAGCCGACCCAGAGGUCCGGCCUUCGCUUGGACGCUGAGGUCCGGACCAUGAAGGCGAUGUACCAGCCGACUGUAACAAAAGGGGGUGGCCCCUCCAAGCAGUAUUCCAUUCCGCUGCAAAAGCGCAUGGACGAAAUCGUUCCUAGCGCGGAAAAGCAAGCUGACAUUAGAGCGACGAUGAAGGCGGAUGAACUCGCGAAACUUGCAUCGAGGCAAGCAAUUCGUGAUAGAAUAUGGGCGACAUGCCUCGCCAAUGGUGACGUCACGAGUGACAUGUUUGGGGAAUUCCAAAGAAAAAAAAAGGAUCGCAAUUCGGUUCUUCAAGAAGAGGAAAUAGAGCCCGUGGGCGAAGCUGACGCCGCCGCACACAAAAGCUCUACUGAUCGCGAUAAAGCGGAGCGGCUUCCAAAGCAUGACAUGACAGCAGUAGAUGUUGGCGGGCUGGGUUUCUUCCUUAAUCUGACCGCAGAGGAGUUACAGAACGACUUUGGACUGGAGCCGACAAAAUCGUCUGAUUUUUUUCAACAGAUGGAUACGGUGCUCCGAGACGCGGAACCCGAAAGAGCUGCCGCUGUCUCCGAUUUUGCUGCCUCUGAAGACGCGGACGCCAAAAGCAGACCGAAGGCCAAGCAUAAAAAGAACGAGAUCGAUCUGGAACUUGAUCUAGAAGACUAUGACGAACACGAACACGACGCGCAAGGCAAGAAUAAUGAAACCGAACAAAAUUUUAACGCGGGCACUCAUCUUCCCGAUCACCGCGAUCCUUACAAGGCUGAACAGGAGCAGAUUAGGUACGACGCCAUUCACAAAGUUGGCGGGGUUCGCGAUGCGAUAAGGAGACUCAGACUCCGGCAAGUGCAAGGCAGAGCCGAGAAGGUCCAGAAAAAAAGCGCAGACGCAGCAGUUGCUGGUGCAAGUGAAGACUCACAUCUAAAACAAGAUGAGGACAUCCUGAUUCUCGAGGGCCACGUGCGACCUCUUGAUCAUGCAGACAGGUCAUCAAACGAUCUUGCCCCCACCAGAGCCGUACGCCCCAACGACCGUCGCGAACGCACGUCGAGAACAAGGAGCGAAAGCAAAGCCACAGCUGACGCCCCACACCUCACCGAAGCGAGUGUCACUAAUAUGGAGGGGUCGCAAGUCGAAAACGUUGAGCGUGGUGAUAUACCCGGCGCUGUCCUUAUGCCGAUUUCUGGGAAGGGCGGGACUGCCGCCGCACGACCGUCAGCAGCUCCAUCAUCAACAUCCUCACCUCCAUCUGCUCCGCCAGUCAUGAAAAAACUCUCUCACUUUCAGGAAGUCGAACUCUUCAAAGAGAUGGCGAAGAAAGGAGGCGUAGCUGCUGCUACAUCUACAAAAACAAAGUCCAGUCUUUCCUCUGGCUCGUUUCAAGACGUAGUUGAAGAAGACAAAAUCUAUGAGCAGAGUUCCGGCAAAAGAGUCCGAGCCCAAUUUGACGGAGCUCGAGUUUCGAAGUCAUCCAAGAAAAGACGACAAGACAAUGGUACUGAUGAUCGUCAAGAAAAUUCAGAUGGAAAAAGUCUCAAAUUCAAAUUCCACCAUCCGUUAUUGGAACGCGUAUGCGACGGACGAGCGAGAGAACAAUCCUUGAAGGAUAUCACGCUGGACCGAGUGCACGCCGGCAAGGAGGUCGAGCUGGAGAUGGUCGGUAUGUGGAGGUCACUAAAAAAGGAAGCAAAAGCCGCAGCUGCAUAUGAGGAUUACGUCUUCGCCUUGAGCGACCUCAAAAAUCCCCAGUAAUCAAAAAACUGAAGUACGAGUGUGAACAUGAACCUGAAAUCAAAGCGACAUGAUGUUUUGCUCGCUGACAGUAUGUAUGCGUGUCAUUGAACGUGCCGUAGUUUUCAAGUAGCACGAACAUCGAAAUGGCAUUGACAAAGUACGGUAUCAAUCUAUUCGAAUCCCCAAAAUUCUCAUGUGCG